AUGGGCGCCGGGGUGGACGCCGGGUGUCGGACCCGGGCGCGGCCAGCCUGGGCUGCGACCGCAGGCGACGGCGGAGCGUGGCGUGGCAGCAGAGGGCGCGCGGACGCGCGCGGAGGUGCGGCGGAUGAAGGCCGCGCCGGGGUGCGGCGGGGCGCCGGCCAGGGGGGCUGGGGCGAGGCCAGGUGGAGUGGUGGCCGGGGCGGCGACGCGGCCAGCCACGGCGAGCGGAGGCGGGGUAGCAGCAAGGGGCGCGGCGACAAGCGUGCGGCAGGGGACGAGGCUGCAAGCGGCGGCGGGGUGCAGCAGCGCGGGAGGUGA